AAAAGCUGACUACGAGUGCCGCCCACUGCCCGAUAGGUACUGGCCGUGUCGGUUUCUCCCGCGAUUCGGCACACACCAGUAGAGACAGUGUUUUAUCGGGUUAGUUGGUUAUUUAAUCGAACGAUAGCAGACGUUUCACCUAGCAAUAAUUUGUCAUCGUCGUGCAUAUAGGUGUGUCGAAAGAGUCAAGAAGAAGCGUGGAGCGUUUUUUAAUUUCAUCAACUCACAAGUUGUGUGUGUACCCAGUUUGUCUGUCUUCGCUGCCAUCCGAAGGGAGUAUUGAUUUUCGGUGUAUGUGUCUGCCACAGAGAGUGUGCCAGUGCGUGUGUGUAGCCGACGCCGUGUACCACUAACAAUUUAGUGCUUUUUGGUGCAAUUCUCUCUUUGAAAUUGCCGUUGGGAUUGUAGGCCAACCUCAAAAUGACCAAGGAUAGAUUAGCAGCCCUCAAAGCUGCUCAGAGUGAGGAUGACGACACAGGGCCAGAUGAUGUGGCGGUCACCGUGGAGGCCCAGGAUGGAUAUAUGGAGGCCUUCUUUGCUGAGGUGAACGAGAUACGGGAGAAUAUAGACAAGAUACAGGCCAAUGUCGAAGAGGUCAAAAAGAAGCACAGUGCCAUCUUAUCGGCCCCGCAAACGGACGAAAAGGUAAAACAAGAGCUCGAGGAUUUGAUGGCCGAUAUCAAGAAAACGGCCAAUAAGGUUCGAUCGAAGCUGAAAGUCAUUGAACAGAACAUCGAGCAUGAAGAGCAGACGAACAAAUCUUCGGCGGACCUGCGGAUACGCAAGACGCAGCAUUCGACGCUGUCUCGCAAAUUCGUCGAGGUCAUGACCGAAUACAACCGCACCCAGACGGACUACCGCGAACGAUGCAAAGGACGCAUCCAACGCCAGCUGGAAAUCACUGGGCGUACGACUACCAACGAAGAGCUUGAGGAGAUGUUGGAGCAGGGAAAUCCUGCCGUUUUUACUCAAGGCAUCAUCAUGGAGACGCAGCAAGCCAGGCAGACGCUGGCCGACAUUGAAGCUCGCCACGCCGACAUUAUGAAGCUGGAGAACUCGAUCCGCGAGCUGCACGACAUGUUUAUGGACAUGGCCAUGCUCGUCGAGAACCAGGGAGAAAUGAUUGAUCGGAUCGAGUACAAUGUGGAACACGCCGUCGACUACGUGCAGACGGCCACUCAAGACACGAAGAAGGCGUUGAAGUAUCAAAGCAAAGCUCGACGGAAAAAGAUAUUUAUUAUCAUCUGCGUCAGCGUCACUCUGGUCAUCGUCUUGGCAAUCAUCAUUGGAGUUACCGUUCCUAGUUAGAAAUUUCUUGUAUAUAAUCCCCCACACACAAGACCACGUUGCGUUUUCCAGUGAAAACAACAAACAAAGAAAUGUGUUAAAUAUUAGCAAAACAAAAAUGUUUGAGGUUGAAAAACCAAACAAGUUGUGUGAUGCAACGGCCUGCUGGAAUCUGUUGAUGGGGAACCUCCGCUGUCUGCCUCCUUUUUCAAUGAAAAAAAAAAGAUUACUUAAUAGCAUUAAACACACAUUUACAAAACCGGAUAACAAGACUUAUGACGCGACGAGAAAUAAAAGCACCCCUCCCUUCUGAAUUCUUAUUAUUUUUUUGUUAUUUUCCGCGAAAUCAAUUCGUUCAAUCUUUUGUUUUUUUAUUUUAUUUCUCGCUCGCUAUAGUUGAAUUGCAUUGUGUAUGCACACAGUUUUCAUCGCUAUUUUAUUUUAGGUUGUAAUGUACUGGAAUAUCUUUUUUUUAUUUCAUUUUCGAUCCAAAAAUUCUUUCAUGAGUGUGUCCUGCGAGUUAUUUCCGAGCGCAUGUAUUGUGUGUGUGUGUGUUUUGUAGAAGAAGAAGGGGCUUAUAGUAGGAAGCAGAAAAUGAAUUUCUUUCACUCUAUUGAUAUUGGCUGUUAUUUUCCUUCCUAUCUUAACCUUUGCCUGUGUACAUUUCUUGCUGUACAUUAAAGUAUAAAACAGCGACAAAUUGACUGACGAUAACAACUAAACCUAUAGUUGAAAAGACAAUUUUUUCUCUUUUCAUUUUCCUUUAAUAAAAAGACGCAGACGCUACUAAUAUCUCGGGAAACUGCCUUUUUUCUUAAUUUUCUCCUUUUUAGUCGUUCGUAUUCUUUCCUUGUUUCGUUUGUCGUGACUGGAGUUCAAAAGAAAACAAUUUUAGCAUUUCUUCUUGUUUUGCUUCCAGUAUUAUCAGUAGAUACCAGCAAAU